GCAUCUUUUUGUUUAUUAGUCAAUCAAACAUAAAUAUGUCAAGUCUGUCAAAGAGCCUCGUGUAUUCCUAACCCUACUUCAUUGAUGUCGGUUGUGGUGCUGGACGGUGGAUCUUGGGCACUUUUUUGAAAAAAUUGUGAUUCUUUACCGCUAAAAGGCUUGACAAAAAUACGGCAUCAUGAGCUACAUUCCAGAGCAAGCUGCAAUGCCACCAGAACAGAGAAAAGGCAAAAUUUUGUGCUGCGAAUGUGGCACUCCAAUAGAGCCCAAUCCAGUGAACAUGUGUCCAGCAUGUAUUCGUCUCAAUCACCGAGAUGUAACAGAUGGGAUUCCCAAACAGGCAACAUUACACUUCUGCAGUGGAUGUGAAAGGUACUUUCAACCUCCUAGUGAAUGGGUGCAUUGUGCUUUGGAGUCCAGAGAGCUGUUAUCCCUUUGUUUGAAGAAACUGAAGGGUUUGAAUAGGGUAAAGUUGAUAGAUGCUGGAUUCCUGUGGACAGAACCCCAUUCAAAACGAAUCAAGAUAAAACUGACGGUUCAUGCAGAAAUUGCUGGUGGGGCAGUGCUAGAGCAAGUGUUUGCUGUUGAAUAUACAGUUGCUCAUCAGAUGUGUGAUGACUGUCACAGAUCAGAAGCCAAGGAUUACUGGAAAGCAUCAGUGCAAGUCAGGCAAAAGGCUGAGAACAAGAAAACAUUUUACUAUUUAGAGCAAAUGAUUCUGAAACAUAAGGCACAUGAAAAUACUUUGGGAAUCAAACCAAUUCAUGGUGGCCUGGAUUUUUUUUAUGCAACAGAGGCUCAUGCCCGAAAAAUGCUAGACUUUGUUCAAUCUGUGCUGCCUUGCAAGUACCAGCACUCAAAAAAACUCAUCUCACAUGAUAUUCACAGUAACGUUUACAAUUACAAAUUCACUUACAGCAUUGAAAUAGUUCCGGUUUCUAAAGACAGCAUUAUUUGUCUUCCAAAAAAGCUUUCUCAGCAACUUGGAGGGAUUUCACAAGUAUGUUUGGUCUAUAGGGUUACAAAUACUGUUCAUCUUAUAGAUCCAACAACUGGACAGAUUGGUGAAUUGAAUAGCACAACAUAUUGGAGAUAUCCCUUUGGUAGUAUAUGCAACCCCAAACAAUUGGUUGAGUAUAUAGUUAUGGAUAUAGAACCUAUAAUGGAAAAAGACAAAAAGAUAGCUCCAGGCAAAGGUGCAGUUUCUAACAGACACGUUCUUGCAGACGUGUGGGUAGUACGAGCAUCUGAGUUGGGUAUAAAUGAUAAUCCUAUACAUACCAGAACCCAUUUAGGUCACAUCCUAAAACCUGGAGAUUCUGUCAUGGGGUACAACAUAGGCGAUAGCAACGUCAACGACGCAAAUUUUGAAAAACUGGAUAGAAACAUGAUUCCAGACAUUUUAUUGGUCAAGAAAUACUAUGGUGAUAGAGUAUCUAGGAAAAAGCAAAGAAUUUGGAAACUUAAACGUCUUGCUGAAGGAGAUGCAGCUUUCGAUUGUGACGCCAAUGACUUCCACGAGUUCUUAGACGACCUUGAAGAGGACCCUGCUCUCAGACAAAACGUCAAUAUAUUCAAAGACGCCACCAAGCAAAUUUCUGUGGACAAUGACGACAAAUGCGACGAGACGUUACCUCGAGUCACGCUGGCUGAAAUGCUGGACGAUUUGGUCAUUGAUGAUGUGGAGAUGGAAGAAGCAGAUUAGCUUAUUUUUUAUGAUGUAUUGUAAAAAUUACAACAUAUGUGAUACAUUUGUUAAUUGCAUUGUAAAAUAUAAAGCGUAAUAUUACUAUAAUGGGUUGGAAAAAAUACAAUAUAAAAUAGGAACAAUUGUAAACAUAAAAAGCAAAGAUGCAACAAUAAAGUAAAUUGAUCGAAAA